UGUAGAACGGAACAAAAUCAAAACAAAUUUCUUUAGUUUUUUAAAAAAAUAACAAUAAUUUUAUUAAAAAAUGGGCGGUAAAGGCAAAUUGAUAAAUAAAAAACGUAAAUUUCAAGGCCACAAAGAUGAUGAUCCUGAAUUUGAUUUAACAAAGAAACAUUUAAAGACCAGCCACCUAAAGGCAAUGGAAAAAAGGCUGAUUAUUGUUCUGGAUGGAGCACAAUUGGAGACGGUUAAAGUGGGCCCUACAUUCGAAUUGUUAAAUUGUGAUGAUCAUGCCAAUAUAAUGCGUAAAAAUAAUCGCGAUCCAGGUUCAUGCCGUCCGGAUAUUACCCAUCAGUGUCUGCUAAUGCUGUUUGAUUCGCCGCUUAACAGGGCAGGUCUUUUACAGGUCUACAUACGCACCGAAAGAAAUGUUCUGAUAGAAAUCAAUCCACAGACAAGAAUACCGCGUACAUUUAAAAGAUUUGCCGGCUUAAUGGUACAGCUGCUCCAUAAAUUCUCCAUACGGGCCAAUGACACGUCAACGAAACUAAUGAAAGUUAUUAAGAAUCCCAUAACUGAUCAUUUGCCAGUGGGUUGUAAAAAGUAUGCAAUGUCUUUUUCGGGCAAAUUAAUAACGAACGUAAAAGAUUUGGUGCCUAAGAAGACUGAUGAGGAUGAGGAAGAACCAGUUGUUUUGGUUGUUGGUGCUUUUGCUCAUGGUGUCUUGAAAAGUGACUACACAGAAGCAUUAUUUUCGAUAAGUAAUUAUCCUCUAUCUGGAGCCAUAGCCUGUUCGAAAUUAUGCAGUGCUUUCGAAGAAGUAUGGGGUAUAGUUUGAUUGUGUAUGUUUUAGGUUUAUAGCAUUAAGUUAAAAUAUUAAAGAAAUUGUACACAAAUCGAA